AUGGAAAUUCUCCUAAAUGUGGUAUCCGAGUUUGGUACAGAAGUACAACUCAAUUUCAACCCCACGAAGAGCGCCAUUGUGGUGUUCAAUGAUGAGAAUUUGGGACAACCGACUCCUAUGUUUAUACAACAGAAAGAGAUCGAGAGACAAGAUCAAUAUAAGUACCUCGGAAUAACUCUGUCCGACAAGCCUAACUAUCUCCAUGAACAUGAGCUAUUUCUGAGAAAAAAGGCGGAAGUGGCGUUGCAAAGAAUGCACGCACAAUGCCUAUGGACGUUCGAUAAAUUCGAAGUUUCCAAGAUCCAAUGGAAAGCCACAGCGGUCCCGACGCUGACAUACGCCAAUGCGGUACUAGCCUCGAGGAACCAAAGAGCGCUGAAUGCUCACUUCGAAAAGACGCAGAUGUCUGCGGGUCGAUGGGCUCUGGGUAUUACGGGAUACAAGGUAGCCAACGAGUUCAUCCAAGGAGAAAUAGGCUGGUCAUCAUUCGAGGCAAGAGAAGCUCAGAGCAGGAUCCGAUAUUUCACUAGGAUAAGUUCAAUGGAGGCACAUAGAUGGCCGAGAGCGAUCCUGUCAAUGAUGGCACUGACCGACACAUACACCGAGGCAGUCAAACGCUUGAAGAUCCUACGUAAAAAAUACCUUGAUGGGGAAAUACCCGUGGUAUACACUAACGAAGGACGUCCACUUCUAAGUAAAUUUUACAAGGAAGUGAAAUUAAAAGUCCGGGAAACGCAGGACAAGGCAUGGAGAGAAGGGAUGUCCCGGAAACCAAGCCUACAGAUAUACAAUAUGUAUAAAGAGAGACGAGGACUGACCGCAGUCGGCACGUAUAACAAUAGAAGAGGCAGUACCCUACUCGCACUAGCGAGAGCAGGGAUGCUGCCGACUCGGAAAUACCGCAGUAAGUUCCAAAACAUCCACCCGUACUGCUGUUGGUGUGGGAUGGAGGAGGAAACUAUCCAGCACGUGCUAUUAGAAUGCACCCCACAUCACUUCAAUGAAGAGGAACUCCGUAAGAAAUUGGGACUCCAGGAGCUCCUGGACCCCGCGCAGAGACCCUUCCAGAAGCUCAUGAUGGAUCAUCUGGGACCACUGCCGAAGUUUUCUGGGAAAGAACACAUCAUAGUGCUUGUCGACAGUUUUUCGAAGUAUGUGAUGCUUGAAGCUGUGAAGUCAACCGAAACUCGACAUGUGAUUACGUUCUUGGGAGGUGUGUUCAUGAAGUAUGGAGCGCCGGCCGUCCUGAUAUCGGAUCGAGGCACGGCCUCAACAUCGAAGAAGCUCGGGGACUUCCUCCAGGGUAAAGGAGUCGAGCACGUUCUGAACUCGACGCAGCAUCCGCAAGGAAACGGUCAGACUGAGAGGAUGAAUCGCACAGUGACUGCUCUACUGAGGACGCUAUGCAGACACCCAGAGAAGGAGGAUUGGGGGAGACAUUUACAAGAAGUGGCCUGUCACAUCAAUCGAUCGCCGGCGAAGAGCACAGGCAAGGCACCUUUCGAGAUUCUUCAUGGGUAUUUGCCGCCGAAGGAUGGGUUCUCGUAUCACAUUGAGAACCAGCAGGACGGAGUGACAUGGCGGCCGCCGCAAUCGUUGCGCGACGAACUUAGCAUGGCUAUCGCUAGAGCGCAAGAAUAG